CAGUUUUCUGCGCGCACUUUAGUCGAGCGGCUGUUUGUGCGGUCGAAUAAGUUCAUUUUGCGGCCACUUGGCAUUGUUUUUAUGGUGUCGUCGUUCGCUUAACGCUUGUAUUAACCAAAAAUUGAAUUAUCCAGUUUGAAUUUUCUGCAAACAAAUUGCGCUAUUUAUCAACUUGUGGAAAUCGCUGCGAAUAGGGUCAAAAUAAAACACGCAAAAAGCGUUUUAAUUCCGAGUAAAAAAAUACGAAGAGAAACAAUUUAUAAGCGUGUCUGUCUUCUGUCUGUGCCUCUCUCGUGCAUCUGUGAGAGUGUGAGUGUGUGUAUGUGUGUGUGUAAACAGAAGAACGCGCGUGAUUCAUACCUUGAUACACCGGGGGCGGCACAGGAAAAGUAGUCGACAGCGCGUGUUGUUGUUGGCCCGAAAGACACGGACACGGAGUCCGUCCAUUGAACUGCCGCGGCUGACGGCAACGGCGGCGACAACGACGACGGCAACGGCAACGGCUGGUGUUGCUGCUGCUGCUGCUGCGACGCGACUGCGACGCAAUUGCUUCCUGGCGAAACGACAACAACAACAGCAACAUGGACAAAUCAAUCUGUGCAAUAGUGGAGUACGAGUAUACUGCCAAGGAACCAGAUGAACUGGAUCUACACAAGGGUGCCAUCAUACAUCGCAUCAAACAGAUGCCCGGCGGCUGGUGGCAGGGCACACUGAAAUCCUCCGGCGUAACGGGCAUGUUUCCGGACAAUUUUGUUCGUGUGCUGGAGCCCAGCAGCAAUGGCAACCACAGCGAUGACAGUGCGGCGGUGCAGCUCAGGGAGAAAUCAGCGACAUCGAAUCGCCGCUGUAAAGUCAUCUACAGUUACACACAAGUCAACGACGACGAACUGACGCUGGCCGUGGGUGAUGUCAUUGAAUUCCUAGGGGAGGUCGAGGAAGGCUGGUGGCGCGGUCGCUUGCGCAGCAAAGUUGGCGUAUUUCCCUCAAAUUUUGUGCAACAUAUCGAACCAUCGCCGAUUCUGGCCUCCAAGCGGCCGCCAACAAUUGGUGCAACGGUCACGACAUCGGCGCUAACGGCAAAAGCUGCCAACAUAGCAACAGCAGCGACAGCGGCAACAACAACAACAACGGCAACAACAGCAGCAGCUGCUCCUGCAGCAGCAGCAGCAGCAGCAGCAGCAGUUGCACCUGCCACAGCAAAGCAAUCGAAAAACAGAGCCACGGCAUCCACAGUCGCUGCAAGUGGAGCAGCUGCUGCCGCUGCUGCUGCUGCGCCCACGUUACCACCGAAGCCACAUCGCGACAUUUGUCGCGUGGAGUUCCCCUAUGCGCCGCAGAACGAGGACGAGCUGGAGCUCAAGGUGGACGACAUUAUCAAUAUCAUCAGCAUGGAGCUGCCGGACAAGGGCUGGUGGAAGGGCGAGCUGAACGGCAAAGUGGGCGUCUUUCCCGAUAAUUUUGUCAAACUCUUGACGCCCUCAGAAGCGCCUCUGCCCCCUCCGCGUCCACGGCCACGCACACGCCGUGCUGGGGCAGCGGGUCCGGGAGCGGGCGCGGUACCGCAGCGCGGCGGCUCUUUCGAGUUCUUGGGCGCUCGCAUGGCCAGCUUUAUUACGACGAUUUUCGCGCCCAUUAACGAGCCAUCAACAGCAGCGGCAGCGGCAGCAGGCACAGCGCAGCAAUCACAGCGCAAGAUUAGCAACACGAGCCACAUGACCACAACGAACUCCAGCAGCAGCAGCAGCAGCACCACCACCACAGCGGUGACGCAGCAGCAGCAGCAGCAGCAGAGCAGUGCUUCAACCACAUCGAAGGUCUAUAUCAAGAAGACGGGCAGCAGCAGCAAUUCGUCUGCAACGGGACGCAAGGAGAGCUUCGGAUCGCGCGACUCCCUCAAUGAUAUACUCAGCGAAACGGGUCUGCCGAUCGGCACUGUGGCCGCCCAGCGCAAGUCGCUGGAGAACAAGAACCUCGAUCUGAGCAAGCUGCCCGGUGGCGCUGGCAAGCAGCAGGGCAGCCAGAUGAUAACAACAACAACAACAACAACUACGAGCAACAGCAGCAGCAGCAACAACACUUCAGCCUCGGCGUAUGCGGAACUGCGCAAGAGUCUGGACAAUAUGGAUGAGAAAAUAAAGUCGCCAACGCCGCCGGCGGUGGGCAAAAAGCCAAGUGUGCCGCUUAAAAAGACGCCCACGGGUGGAGUCACAGGCGGCAUUCUGGGCGGCGGCAUGAAGAAGAAGAGCGCUGACAGUAAAUUAACCAGCGCCGUAUCGCACGACGUCUCCGAUGGAUUGACUGGCAGUAAACUAUUAGGCGGACAACUGCCCGAAGCGGGCGCAGCUGGCAGUGUGGUUAUGAGACGUGCUGCUACCAUAGCCGUUGAGGACACGGACUUUGAUCGCGUGGAACGCGGUUCGAUAUUGCAGGACAUGCGCGCGGGUCGCGUCAAGGCGCCCAAGCGUCGACCGCCCUCGGCGGCCAUCAAUGUGGUGGUUGAGAGCAACAACAAUACGGUAUAUGUCAACGGCAGCGGCAUGGCCAGCAGCGCCAGCGAGCUGAGUGAAGAUGGCGGCGCCGGCGGUGUUGGUGGCAAGCAGGCGACAGGCUCCUCCGAUGACAAUUCGAUGGGCGAGGAGCCGCAGCUGGCCAAGCCCAAGCCACGCGAAUGGGAAAAGAAAAAGGCACCCUGGAUGGAGGAGCUGAAAGCGUCGCAGGUGACUCGCAAAAAGAGCUCGCCCAACGUUGAGCCCCGUGGCGGUCCAGUUUCCGUUGCUGAGCGCACCUCAAAGCUGUUUGCAAGCGAGCAAGCGACAGUCGUUACCAGCAGCAGCAGCAGCAGCAGCAAUACGACAGCAACGAAAGUGCAAUCGAGUGCGGUGACCUCCUCUAGCAUCAUGCAGCAGUCCAUGAUCGUGGAGAGCAGCACCAGUAGCAGCAGCAGCAGCAGCCAAAAGAUCGAGUCAGCGACCACAAAUUUUAUAAACAGUAGCAGUAGCAGCAACAACAGCCACGAUGCCAUCAUGUCCAAGAGCAUGUCUGCAGCAAAGGCGACGGCGACAAGUGCAGCAGUACCAGCACCAGCACCAGCAGCGGCACCAAUUGCCGCACCCACUGCCAUGAGCAGCGAUGAGGAGUCACGCGCGGCACGCCCCAAGAGCUUGUCGAUACGUAAUCGCAGCGUGUCGCCCCUGGUGAAGACGAGCAACAAUGCCAGCAGCACGCAGCAGGCGGAGAGGAGCACCAGCAACAAUGUCAGCGUGAACGACAGUCCGGCGACAGCGUUGCUCAACAACCAUCAGGGCAACGCCGAUACCCUGCCACGAGUGCAAGAGCUCGAGUGCCGGUUGGAUAAGCUGGAGACGACAGUGUUGACGCAACAGCGCACCAUCGAGGAGCUGAUCCGGACGCUGCGCGAGGAGACGGAGCGCGUGCGGGUGCUGCGGGGCGAACUGGACAAAUAUGCGCAACAACAAACGCGUCGCGGGAAAUUUGAUAAUUGGAUGUUCUGAAGCAACAAAUUCAGCAUUUGCCAUUUUGUUUAAUGAAUGUACAGCAAUUCCUU